CGUCCUGCGGUGCGGUGUCACACUAAACAUGAAAUUUGACCGUUUUGGGACCCACACACAAAAUAUUACCGUUAUAAAAAUGCCAUUUUCAUUUCUCAAUCUCAAACACAACAAUUUCACACAAGCAAAGCAACCUCAUUCAACUCCAAAAGCUGUUUAGGGGAGGAGGUGAUUUCUAAGAUCCAACACUUGUGUAAUUGUGUUAUUUAUCUAAAAACAUGACUGUUGAGGUGCAAUGUGAGGCAACUCAAGUGGCUGAAGUAGUUGUUCCACAAGAGGAAUUAGUGGCUGCUAACAAGGUUGUGGAGGAGGUUGAGGUGAAUGAGAAGGUAAAAGAAGAUGAAGAAGAGGAAUCCAAGCCUAAUACAAUUGAGAAAAGCUCUUCUUAUAGAGAAGAGAGCAACUUCCUCUCUGAUCUCAAAGAGAAUGAGAAGAAGGCAUUGAAUGAGUUGAAAUCUAUAGUUGAGGAGGCCAUUGUUGGGAACACUCUAUUCAAAAAAGAAGAGACCAACAAGUCUCUAGAGGAAGAGGGAAAGAAUGAGGAAAAUCCCGAUGCGAAUAUAGAGGAGAAGGAGGGUGAUUUGGAUGUUGUUGAAGUGGAUAGAGAGAUUUCUAUUUGGGGUGUACCCAUUUUGCCUAGCAAAGGGGAUGAGAAAACCAAUGUGGUUCUAUUGAAAUUCUUGAGAGCAAGGGAUUACAAAGUGAAUGAAUCUUUCGAAAUGCUCAAGAAAACACUCCAGUGGAGGAAGGAUUUUAAUAUCCAAUCCAUCUUGGAGGAAGAUUUGGGCUCAGAUCUUGCACCAGCUGCUUACAUGAGUGGGGUUGAUAACCAAGGACACCCUAUUUGUUACAACAUUUUCGGCGUUUUGGAAGAUGAAGAGAUUUAUAACAAAACGUUCGGGACAGAGGAGAAACGGAAUCAGUUCUUGAGGUGGAGAGUUCAGUUAAUGGAGAAGGGCAUUCAGCAGCUUGAUUUCAAAGCUGGAGGUGUUAGUUCACUGCUUCAGAUAAAUGAUCUGAAGAACUCGCCUGGACCGUCUAAGAAAGAAGUCAGGGUUGCAACCAAACAAGCCGUUGAUCUUCUUCAGGAUAACUAUCCUGAAUUUGUUGCCAAAAAUAUAUUCAUCAAUGUUCCAUUUUGGUAUUACGCCGUGCACUCUCUGCUGUCGCCUUUCCUAACACAAAGAACCAAAAGCAAAUUCGUAUUUGCUCGCCCUGCUAAGGUCACUGAGACCUUGCUCAAGUACAUUCCAAUCCAUGAAAUCCCUAUUCAAUAUGGUGGACUCAAGAGGGAGAAUGACUUUGAGUUUUCAGCCUCCGACUGUGAAGCUUCGGAGAUUCUCCUUAAAGCUGGAUCAAUUGAAACUAUUGAAAUACCUGCAGUAGAUGUGGAAAGUACAUUUAUCUGGGAUGUUACGAUUGUGGGCGGAGAAGUGAGCUAUAAGGAGGAAUUUGUGCCAGAGGAUGAGACUUCUUACACUAUAAUCAUUCAGAAGGACAAGAAGGUGAGCUCGACAAUUCGCAACACGUUCAAGAACACUGAAGCAGGAAAGGUUGUGCUGACAAUCAAGAACACUUCUAGCAAGAAGAAGAAGGCGUUUUAUCGACACAAGAUCACCAAAUCAACAAUUUGAGAUGAGCAAGUUUCUAUUUUGAGUGAAGAUGGAGUUCUUUUUCUCUGUUUUUAAGAAUAUGUAUAAUGUAGUAACCUUUUUGUGGUGGUUCAUAUACUUGAUUAUUUUUGGUCCUACAUUCAUAUUGUAUAUGCUGAUUUAUUCUUUUUUCUCCCUACAAGGAAGAAUAUGAUCUCUCUAUUUUUUACCAUCUUA